GUGACGGCAGUUUUCAGGUUAACUUCGAGAGUUUGAGCAUUGAAAACGCGAGAUUGGCCGUAAGUGUGAGCGUUCAAAGGCGAUCGUUGAUGAGUAAUGUAUGCUCGAUUGACGAGGGACGCAUAAUCUCCUCUCCAAGGCCAUGGGCAGGGCGUGCUGCGUCCUGGGCUGCCCCUCGGGUGGAGACGCCCCGUCCCACCAGAUCCCCAAGAACCCGGCUCUCUUCCAGAAGUGGAAAAGCAUGAUUUACUCCGAGAAAAUUAAACAUCUGACCGACGAGCAGAUAAGCAAAUGCGCCGUGUGCUAUCGGCAUUUCGCCGACGACGAUUAUCUGGUGACCUUCAGAGUGAGGAAGUUGAAACGCGGCAUCGCGCCUUCGUUAAACUUGCCGAACGUGCCGGCCUCCUCCAGGGUGUCUGGCGCGGUUGACGUAGAGCCGCGACCGGCUGCGAGCACCGCAGGCACGUUUGUCGUGAAAGAGGAGAUCGAGAUCGAAGAAGUGACAGAGAUUCCAAGAAUAACCGAGGAAGUGUCCGAAACGCCUCGGAUUGCAUUGUUCGAGGACGCUCCGGAAGAAGUCGAUGAAUCCUGUUUGUCCAACCAGUCGCAAGCUUUACCGGACAGGCGGGCAGAAGAGCGAAUUAAUUCAACGGCGGUAACGUUUGAAUUGAUUCGCAGAGAAAGGACGCCGAGGAGGAAACGAAUAAAAUUGACCGCGGUGCAGUUACCUCUGCUUCGACGCAAGCAGCAAGCCAAGCAGUACGAAAAAACGCCCACGAUACAGAAGCUACUGUCUUUCCUCACGCCUGCCGAAGCAGCGUCUAUCAAAACCAGAAUACAAAAGGCAAGAUACUCUCCGAAGGUGUAUGUAAAAGUGUACCACGAUGUUGCACAGAGGAAGGCUCUUGGUCAGUUGUGAAGUCUAAUAACUUAUCAAGCAAGUCUCGAACGCGCGAGAAUCAAGACACGAAAUUGUUCGACCUUUGAAAUGAGAAGCAAAUCGAACCAAUGAUAUCAAUCCCUCACAUUUAUGUUGACAGGAGAAAAUUAAUUUUCGUCAUAAUAGAACAAUAUUACGACAAUAAAGGAGUAAAUAUUUUAGAUAUGCUCUCUUAUUAGACAUAUUACAGUAAAGCUGUAAACUUGGCCACUGUGCAGACGGAAAAGAUUUUAAAAAAAAGGACGAAAAGGUACAAAAUUCCAAGCAUUAUGUCGAUACAACGGUAGUUUUACUGUAUUUUUAAAAACGAAUACAUGAAAUAUACAUUUAUAAUUAUAUGCAUGUAUAA